AUUUAUUUACCUAUAUAACUGCCGGAAUCCCCCCUUUCCCUUCCUUGUGUGGUUGCACUUGUGUUGUUUUGCUGUUUUGUCUUGAACACCGACACCGUACACACACACACACCACGAAACCCACUGCAUCACGAUACCAACAACCAACAACCUAGGUAGCUACACACUACCUAACAACACCUACACUAGUCUAAACACCAACCAAAUACCAACAAAGAAAAAAGAGGAAAAGAAAAGAAAAAUGGCCAUCUCAACAGCCAUCACCUCCCUCCUAACCUCCAUCACCGAACUGAUCCAAUCCCUCUUCCACGGCAUCUACUCCAUCUUCCACACCAUCUUCUCCGCCUUCUUCAGUCUUUUCUUUGGCCUGUUCGCCUUUGUCGGCGACUUGUUCAAAGGGGUCGCUAAUACGUUGGGCGGCGUGGGUAAUUUCGUUGCUAGCAACUUCCUCAUCAUUGCUCUCAUCUCUGCCGCUGGUUUCGCCUACGUCCGCUACACCAGCCAAGGAGGCACGACUUCGGGACAAAAGGCGGCGAGUGUAGGCAGGAAGAAGGUCAACUAAGUUCAGAUGGGAUGGGGACAAGUUUUGGAACCUAGAUUGCCGAAUAUGGGCCGAUGACUGGUUUUGCUUCGGGGCAGCGAGGAGACGGUUGCGUGGCGCGCUGUGUGGGAACGUAAUGACAUUUUUGAGUCGAAGUACGAGUGAGGAGGUUGAGAGCGAUAUGAAUAAUGAGUGGAUAGGAUACCCCCCAGACAGGUUCUUGGAUGGUUUACGAAUAAUUAUUGGAACUGAAUGCUUGGGAAGGAGUUACGGGUUGGAUUGCCUGGAGUCUUUGAGAGGAUCAUACCACAACUUUGUCACUACUUCCUUCAAAUUUCAUCAAGUUCACUUGUAUAAUUGUAUCAAAAAGAUAUUGAUAUGGGCAAAUUGAUCAAGUGGAGUUCGAG